AUGGCUUUCAAGUUCUCUCUCGGCAGCGCGAAAGCCAACAAGGCGCAAUUAAAUUCAAAGGCCAAAGAAGAUGAAGAGGCAAAGGCACGGGAAGAGAAGAAUGCCCUCGACAAGGUCAUGGCAGAUUUCGAGGCCGAGCAUGGGGGCGAGAAAAGCGUACUGGGCGAGUCGGAGCGCGACCAGGAGGCCGACAAUGUAUUCGUUCCAACUGGAAGUAAGAGGCACUUUACAGGCAGACAGAGGACCAUGAAAAGCGGCCCUGGUACACUCGACGCUGAGCCUCUCGACGGCUACCCAAGGCCUGGAGUCACUCCGGGGCGUCCUGCACAACAAAUGCCGUCGCGAUUUGGUGUGUCGGCACCUACCGGCCCUGCUGCGUUGCAUGGCCCAAAGCCGACCGAGAAUGUGUUUACGACCGUCGUAGCAAAAGCAUCCAACCUCCCGCCUGCCAUUGAUCCACGCCGGGUAGAAGAACUCUUUGCCGAUUUCCCAUCACUGAAAAUUACAAGAGUUGAGAAGAUACCACCGCAGGGCCCGUCACCCAAAGGCCGGCCGUCUGCAACAAUGAAGGUCAUAUUCGACAAGGAUGCGAGUGCGCGCGACUUGGACGAUGCUAUGAAUAAACUCAACGACAAAAAGUAUCUAGGCAAGGGUUACUAUCUACACUUGGAUAGAUAUCUGGGCGGCCGCUCGGCAGAUACAGCACAGCGCACAGAGCCAUUUGGUGCACGAUGGCAGGCGCCUGAGAUCCCAAAGGGUUUUGCACCACCCCCCGAUCUAGGUGGUGGUGGCGGUGGGAGAGAUAGACCUCGCGAAGACACCGAGCAACUCAUUGUCACCGCCAACCAGCCCCCAGACAUUGCGACGCUAAGACUAGUGCACCAGACCAUAGAGGGCGUGAUACUAGGCGGUGUGGAGUUUGAGGCUGCAUUGAUGAACGAUGCGCAAAUACAAGAAGAAGAACGCUUCGCUUGGCUCUAUGACCAAAAGCAUCCUGUGAACCGCUAUUACCGAUGGCGCUUACACCAGAUUGUCUGUGACAGUCCGAACCCAGAGAUUUUUGAGCGCCAGGGUGACUGGCGCGGGCCUCUAGAUCCCCUUGCCGACGAGUUUGCCGACCACUUGGGCGCAUUUGAUUCAGAAGAUGACAUGAUGGAUAGUGAUGAUGAAGAGGAGAAGGAGAAGCCACAGUACAAGCCUCUUCCAGUUGGAGAUAAUUAUCCUGGACGGGUUGAUAAUGGACACGGCAUCAUGAGUCCGCGGUCAAGAGCCAUGCUUCUAUGGUUGCUCACAUCCCUUCCGCCUGGUAGCAUUGUCGCCGAUGACAUUGCUGCCAUUUCAAAUUUUGCAGUCGAACACGCUGGACAGGGCAUGGACGAAGUGGUGCACAUUCUUGUCUCAAACAUCAUACACCCCUUUCAGCUCACUGAUACCAAUCCGAGGAACAGGCCAGCUGAUGCAGACACAAAAGACGAUCUUCGCCGACCUGAUACCCGACAGGUGACGCUGAAUGCUUUGCGCAUUAUUUCAGAUGUACUUCUUGUCACUGCAAAAGAGUCUGGAGUGUCGUACAAAUAUCGUCUUGCGAUAGCUACAGAGCUUGUGGGCCGCAAAGUGUUUGAACAUCUUGAGCAGUUACCUUCGCAGCUGGAAAUGGGUCGGAUGACUGAGAGAAGCUACCGGGAUGAAGUCAACGUCAUUCUCAAGGUAUGGCAGGAAGAGCAUUUGUUCGACGAGUCGACGCUCAGCCAUCUUGACGAGGCGUUUAACGCGCGCGAGAGGCAGAAGGAGGAGGAGGAACAGGCAAGGCGAUUAGCAGAAAAGAGGAAACGGAAGAGCAAUGUAGUCCGUAAAGCGGUUAGCACUGGCGGUGAAGAUGGAGACGAGGAUGAGAAGAUGCAUGUCGAUGACGAGACACGCAACGAUGGCACCGAGGGUGACAUGGAUCAAGGAUCGGGCAUGGAAGCAGAAGAAGUGCCCAUGGCUACAGACGCGGUUGAACCCGCCCUUGCACAAUCUGAGGCCGACGUGAUUCCCGGGGAGACGGCGGUAGCAAGGGCUCGCCGGUUGCGGCCGAGGGCAGAGGACAUGUUUGCCCUGGAUGAGGACGAGUGA